UUAGGUUCUGUUUUCGCUCAUGACGGUUUUGGCAGAAAUCUUGAAAUGAAUGCUGUUUUGUUUUAUAGGUCAUUGCAUAUAUUUUUAACUUUAAGCCAUUUUGAUUUCUUUUAAAUUUCAUAAAAAAUACACUCUUUUAAAAAUCCAAGUAAAAUGUCAUCUAAACAACCAGGGGGAUUAUCUAAAAAGAAAUCAAAGCGUACGCGACAUAGAGAAUCUGGGUUUGAAGAAUGGGGUGGCUACAUGGCUGCCAAGAAACAAAAACUUGAAAUGCAAUUUAAGGAAAAGAAGAUGCUAGAGUUAAUAGGAGUAAAAGAAACCAAGAUAUUUGAAGGAAUUGGGAUUUUUGUAAAUGGUUAUACAGAUCCACCUGCCGAUGAACUGAGAAGAUUAAUGCUCAUUCAUGGCGGCACAUAUUAUCAUUACCCUUCUUCUAAAAUUACUCAUAUUAUUGCAUCUAAUCUUCCUAAAAGUAAAAUGAAACUUUUGAAGACUCAAAUUUUUGUCACAGCUGAUUGGAUUACACACAGCAUCAAAGCUAGAAAGCUGCUUCCUUAUCAGGAUUAUCUUUUAUAUACUCCAGAGGUAGCUGACAAGCAACAAAGAUUACAAAUAGGAAACUAUUUUCAAAGGAAAUCUAAUUUUUCAUCUAAUACUGAAAACCAUACUGUUAAUGAAGGUAAUGAACCAAAGAAGGAAAUUAAAAAUGCUUUCAUAUUAGAAGAAGAUUUAGAAUCAGACUUCAGUACAGAUUAUAAACCAAAGGCUGAAUGCAGUUUAGUUAAUAAAACUUCUCUUCAUAAAAAUUCUUCAUUUAUAACCUCUUAUCAAAAACCUGUUGUAAACAGUCAUAAUAAAGUCUCAUCUCCUAUAAAGUCAUCUUCAAAUGUAAAUGUUCCUACAUCAGCCCUAAUUCAAACUGUCUCUAAUAAGGAUUCCUGUACAGAUUCUGUAAAAAGUAGUUCAAUUCAUGAGAAUUCUCAUAAAAUGUCUUCUGCGUAUUUAUCACAUCAAACGAAGAGUACAAGCAAUCAUGAUAAAGUUUCACCCUCUAUCAAAUCAUCUUCCAGUGUAAAUAUUUCCAUAUCAGCUCAAAACCAAAGUAAUCCUUGCAAAGAUUCAUUACAUUCAGAACCAUCUUUAAGUAGCAGUGGUAGCCAUGCAUUUAAUGAAAGCAAUUUGCCAAAAAAGAAAAAUGAAAACACAUCCUUGAUUGAAGAAUUAUUUGGAGAUUUAGAAUCAGACUCCAGCACAGAUUCCGAACAAAAUGUUAAAACCAAGUUAAUUAAUAAAAAUUCUCCUAGUGAAAAAUCAUCUCCUAAUUUUUCAAAUCAAAAGCAUGGUAUAGAAAAAUGCAAUGAAGUAUCAUCUCUAAUCAAAUCAUCAUCAAAUGUUCCUGUUCAAAGUAUUAUCAAUAAAGACUUGUCUCAAGUUAAAUCAUCAUCAAACAUUAACAAUGUGGCACAUCAAAACAUUCCUAUGAACCAGAGUAUAUCAAAUAAUGAAACUGAUUCAAAACCCUCAAAAAGUGAGAAUGUUUCCAUAUCACCACAGAAGCAUAGUAAGUCUGUAAAGGCAGGAGAUCCUAAUUUUUUGGGAGAAUUUUUUAACCAUUCACGGAAACAUCAUAUUUCCACUUCUGCACAGGAGCUAAAAAGAUAUGUGCAAUUCCUUGUUGAAAGUAAUAAGGAAAAGCAUUUUCCUAAGAGAGAUAGACUAAGGGAACUUGCUCGUCAGUUUCCGCAUGAUUCUUCAUUCAUUACUUCUGAUGCAAAAAGUAAAGCACGACAUAUCAUAAUGCAUUUGGAUAUGGAUUGUUUCUUUGUAUCUGUUGGAUUGAGAAAACAUCCAGAACUCAGAGGACUUCCUGUUGCUGUUACUCAUUCAAAGGGAAAAAGAGGAGGCCCGCAAGAAGGCAGUGAUAUCAACUUUGAAGCUUCCCAUUAUACAAAUGAAUCAAAGAAAAAAUUAAAAGGAGUUAUAUCAGGAAAUGAAGCUUCCAAAAGUUCUAAUCUAACACCCAAAGUAUCAAUAUAUUCCAAGGAAUAUGGGUCUUUGUCUGAAGUUGCUUGCUGCAGCUAUGAAGCAAGGAAAGCUGGUGUACGUAAUGGCCAGUUUUUAGGAGAAGCUCUUAGACGUUGCCCUAAUUUGCAAACCAUUCCUUAUGACUUUGAAGGUUAUUCAGAAGUUUCAAAGAAGCUUUAUGAUAUUGUUGCUAGUUACACCUUAGAUAUUGAAGCUGUGAGUUGUGAUGAGCUGUAUAUUGAUUGCACAGAACUUUUGCAAGAUGUUCAGCUAUCACCACAUCAGUUUGCUUCUGUUUUGCGUGCUGAAAUUAAAAGAGAAACAGGAUGUACUGCCUCAGCUGGAAUGGGAUCUAACAUGUUGCUUGCACGGCUUGCUACUAAAGUUGCCAAACCCAAUGGCCAACAUUUUGUUCAUGAUGCAGAUGUUGAAAAAUUUAUGAAACAGCAAAAUGUUGGAGACUUACCUGGUGUGGGUUAUGUCACUGCAGAAAAAUUUCGUAGUUCAAAUAUUAGAACAUGUGAGGAUAUGCAGAAAAUACCACUUUCAAAAUUGCAGCAAGAGUUUGGACCAAAAACUGGGCAAACUUUUUACAAUAAUUGUAGAGGAAAGGAUGAUAGAAUUGUGAAAUACUUUAAAGAUCGUAAAUCUGUUUCAGCAGAAAUUAAUUAUGGCAUCAGAUUUGAAACGGAGGAAGAUAUUUAUAACUUUAUUAAUGAACUGUCUAUUGAAGUACAAAACAGAAUUCGAAAAUUGAACAGCAAAGGAAAGCUUGUGACUCUAAAAUUAAUGGUGAGAAAAAGUGAUGCUCCUGUGGAAACAGCAAAAUACAUGGGCCAUGGUAUUUGUGACCACAUUUCUCAAUCAACUCCUUUGAAAUCUGCCACAGAUUCUUCUCAAGUUAUUUCAAAGAUAUGUUGUGGAAUAGCACGCUCUCUAAAAAUAAAACCACAAGAUUAUAGGGGUGUUGGAAUACAGUUAAGUAAGCUAGAACCUGUGGAGAAGGAUUCUAAAACUAAAACAAAUGUCUUGAAGCCAUCCACUAGUGAAUCUGCUGCUGAAAUAGAUUCUAGUUAUGGUGUCUUUGCACCAAAAAAACUUGAGGAAGUCAACAAAGUAAUUCCAGAAAAGAGCACCAUCACACGUUUUCUGUCUAAUAAAUUAUCACUUCCAAAACAUUCAGAAAGUACAGUUGAAAAUAAUCCUGUAAAGAAUAUAUCUCCUGUAAAACAGUCUGAAUCAUCUUCGAAAAAUGGACAAAAAGUUAAAACAAUUGAACAUUUCCUAUCAAGCAAACCAUCAACAUCCAGAGCAAAAUCAUACAGCAUUGCAGAUUAUCUCCCAGAAGAGAUAGAUCUGAGUGUUUUGGAAGCUUUGCCUGAUGAUUUGAAAAAAGAAAUUUUAGAGUCAUGCAAAGCCAAAGUGAUGGAAAGUGAUGGAAAAUUUUUGAAUCAAAAUGCCUCAACUUCAUCGGCAAAUGAACAAGAGGAAUCAGUCAAAUACUUAUGCCAAGAACAAAGAAAUCAAGAAUUCAGAGAUGAAGAGGAUUCAAAUUCUACAGAAUCUGAUAUGAUUGGUAUUGAUCAGAGUUUUCUAAAUGCUUUGCCUGAGGAUUUGAAAAAAGAAGUUUUGAAUAAUUUUAUUUCAAACAAAAAACAUGAAUAUUCAGCUGCAGCUUCUUCUCAGCAGCCUUCAACCUCAUUUGCUUCCGUACCAAAUAAUUCAACAAAGGUGACACCCAAGAAAAAUAAUAGCAACCAUUUUGUUAGAGGAGCAAAUACUAAUUCAACUGAAACACUUGAUGAAAGUGUUCUCAAUGCUUUACCUGAAGACCUAAGAAAAGAAGUAUUGGAAUCAUAUGGUCUGUAUCCUUCGUGUGAAACUCAUAAACCCCAAUCAUCUGCUUCGAAACAAACAGAAUCUUGUAGUGGGCAUCUUUCAAGCAAAAUUCAUGAACCUCAACCAUCUACAACAAAACAAAUAUAUUCAUCUACUGAACAGAAAUCUUCAAAAGAAGAAUCAGAGGUCAAUUCUGAUGAGUUUUCUCAGGAAAAAAUCCCAACUUUAGGCGGGGUCAUUGAACUUGAUGAUUUAAGAGCCUUGAUAAAAGAAUGGAUGGACAGCACAGAUGAUCCAUUGGAGGAAGAUGUUAAGGAAUUGAAAACGUUUUUAAUCGAGCUUUGCGAUUUUGAUUUAUGGAAGGUUGAGGUGCUAGGAAAAUAUUUUUACAGAAUGGCUAAGAAGGCAAGUCUGAAGUGGAAAGAUGUAUAUUUGAAUGUAUUUUCAAGUGUGCAAAGAAAAGUUAUGUCAAUACACAACCGAUGCACUCUUAUACUAAGUGAUGAAUUUCCAACAUAAAAUGUGAAGAAGCGAUUUUUAGUAUGUAUAUGCAAUAUAAAGAUUGUAUAUUUCUGUAUAAAGAAUUAUAAACAUUCCAAAUCUUUAAA